AUGGCCGCCUCGCUCCUCCCCACGAGGCGAUGGGCGCUCGUGAUGCUCUCGUGCGUCGAGGUUCUGACGGCCACCGGCGUCAUGUUCGGGUGGUCCUCGCUGAGCAUCGCGCUUCGCAGGGAGGGCACGUACGCCGAGCUCUGCGACGACGAUCGAUCGGGAUGCGACGCGCAGGCGCUGAGGCUGAACGCCGUGUACACCGCGGGCGCGUUCUGCGUGCCCCUCGGGGGGAUGAUAUGGGGCCCGCUGAUGGACGUCAAGGGCGCCAAGUGGACCAGGGCGGUGGGAAUGUGCGUCUUCUCCGCGGGUUGCCUCCUGUUCGCCUUUGCCGAUUCCAAAACCUUCGACGCGUACGUGCCCGCGGCGUGUCUGGUGUCCAUCGGCGGCAUGGCCAACUUCCUCUCGCACUUCGUCCUCGCCGAGUACUUCGCCGACGAUCACUUCGGGCUGGUGCACUCCCUGAUAAACUGCUCGUUCGACGCCUCCACCGUCACGUUCACGGUGCUCGAGCUCAUCCACAGGGAGGGCGCGUCCACCCAGUCGCUGUUCCUGGCCAUGGCGGCGCUCGGGCUGGUGUACCUCGCGCUCACGAACGAGACGGUGUGGGCCGGACACCUGUCACCGCCUUUAAAGAAGCUUAACACCAGUUCGGCGGUGGGAGGAGAGGGGAACGAAGACGGGUUGGUCGGCGCCCAAUCGCCGCAGUACGGGGCGCGACUGGACGAGAGCGGUAAGCCGUUUCGACGGCAGGUGGAAUCCCGCGCGUUCAUCGCGCUCGCCGUCUGGGGUUUGUUCACGGUCUACCGCACGAUGCUGGUGCUCGGUUCCGUCACGGAGCAGAUGCUAUACAACGCGGACGGGCGGGACGCGUCGCACGCCGAGAGGCUCGUGCGGGUCUUCAACUUUUUGAUCCUCAUCAGCGUCGCCCUCACGCCGUCUUUCGGGCGGUUCAUAGACACCCACGGAAUGGCCGCCGGGCUCGCGCUGGUCAACGCGCUCGGCGUGUUGACCUUCGGGCUCCUGGUGACCCGCCCCGACUGGUCCCUGUACGUCGCCUUCCUGGCCUUUGGCUGCUUCCGCGCGUGGAACUAUUCGCUGAUGACGGCGUACUCCAUGGGGGUCUUCGGGGGCGCGUCCUUCGGCAAGGUUUACGGCAUAGGCGUGGGCACGGUGUCGUGCCUGGCGGCCGCGGCGCAGUACCCAACGAUGGCGAUCGUCCUCGGGGGAUCGAACCCGAACUUCGAGGGGUUGGACUGGGCGAUGCUGGGCGUCGGCGUCGUCAUGUUUGGCUUCCCGGCGUUUGUGCACUCCCGCACAGUCGAGGGUAAAGAGACCGGAGCCGCCGCCGCCGCCGCCGCCAACGCCGCGUGA